CGGGCCGCCGCCGGGAGGAGCGGUGCGUAGCGGAGCGGUGCGGGGCCGAGGAACGGUGGAGGAGCCUUACGCGGGCGGGCGGCCCCCGUCUGGCGCGGAGCGGAGCGGAGCGCGGCGGCCGCCGCUGCCUGGAUGCCAGAGGCACCUCCGGAGCCGGCGGCCGGCGGCACCCGGGAGGGCCCGGGGAAGGAGGAGGAGGCGGCAGAGGAGGACUCCGGGCGCGGAGGGGAGGAAGCAGGCAGCGCUGGCCAUGGCCUCCAACUUUAACGAUAUAGUCAAGCAGGGCUACGUGAAAAUCCGCAGCAGGAAGCUGGGGAUUUUCAGACGAUGUUGGCUGGUUUUCAAGAAGGCUUCCAGUAAAGGGCCAAGGAGGCUAGAAAAGUUUCCAGAUGAGAAGGCAGCAUAUUUCAGGAACUUCCAUAAGGUAACUGAGCUGCACAAUAUCAAAAACAUAACUAGAUUGCCUCGCGAGACAAAGAAGCAUGCAGUGGCAAUUAUCUUUCAUGAUGAGACGUCAAAGACAUUUGCGUGUGAGUCAGAAUUAGAGGCAGAGGAAUGGUGCAAACAUCUUUGCAUGGAGUGUCUAGGAACCAGGCUCAAUGAUAUAAGUCUUGGGGAACCAGAUUUGCUUGCUGCUGGAGUUCAGAGAGAACAAAAUGAGCGAUUCAAUGUAUAUCUUAUGCCUACACCAAAUUUAGAUAUCUAUGGGGAAUGUACAAUGCAGAUCACACAUGAAAACAUCUAUCUCUGGGACAUCCACAAUGCCAAGGUCAAGCUGGUCAUGUGGCCUCUGAGCUCUUUGAGGAGAUAUGGACGUGACUCAACAUGGUUCACAUUUGAGUCUGGAAGGAUGUGUGACACAGGAGAAGGGCUGUUCACCUUUCAGACACGAGAAGGAGAAAUGAUAUAUCAGAAAGUCCAUUCCGCAACACUGGCAAUAGCAGAACAACAUGAAAGAUUAAUGAUGGAGAUGGAGCAGAAGGCACGGCCAGGCCCGUCUUCUUCCACCCCAGCUCGUCUUUGGGCACGUGGGGACAGACCGCUCCUGAGCCAUUAAGAUUUCCUUCUUGAAGAGUGCCCAGCCUUCCUGGACUCCUCUGCCCUUCAGAACCACCUCCCAAGGGACUCUGCCAACCAGUGUCCUGAACAGCUCCAAGUCAGCCUUCCGGAAGUCCAAGACAGCAGUUUUACUGGUCCCCUUCCUGGCUUCGCCAAGAAUAGAGAAUUCUACCAUUUCGUGGUCACUCUGCCCAAGACAGCUCCCGCCCACCACAUCUCCCACCAGUCCGUCACUGUUUGUGAACAGAAGGUCUAGCGGGGCACCUCCCCUGGUAGGCUCUCUAACCAGCUGCGUCAGGAAGCUAUCUUCAACGCUCUCCAGAAACCUCCUAGACUGCUUUCUCUGGGCUGUGUUGUGCUUCCAGGAUAUGUCUGGGAAGUUGAAGUCCCCCACAAGAACAAGCGCUGACGAUUUUGCAACUUCUGCCAGCUGCCUGUAGAACUCCUCAUCCGUCUCCUCAUCCUGGUUCAGCGGUCUAUAACAGACCCCCACCAGGAUGCUUGCCUUGUUGGCCUUCCCGCUGAUCCUAACCCACAGAGACUCAACCUUAUCAGUCCCAGCCUCAAGUUCUACAACAUCAAAACACUCUCUAAUAUAAAAACACUCUCUAAUAUAGAGAGCCACACCACCACCCCUUCUGUGCUGCCUGUCCCUUCUGAAGAGCCUAUAGCCAGACAUUGCAGCACUCCAGUCAUGAGAGUGGUCCCACCACGUUUCCGUGAUGGCAACCAAGUCAUAGCCUGCCUGCUGCACGAUGGCUUCCAGCUCCUCUUGUUUGUUACCCAUGCUGCGUGCAUUAGUGUAGAUGCACUUCAUUUGGGCCAUUGCCUUCUCCCCUGGCCUUGCCAUUGUUCCCCCUGGUACAGCUCCAACAAGCCUAAUUUCAGCCCCAUCCCCCUUUUUACCUAGUUUAAAGCCCUCUCAAUGAGUCCUGCCAGCUCCUGGGCUAGGAUCCGUUUUCCCCUUAGAGACAGGGACCCAUCUGCGGCCAUCAGGCCGAGUGCCAAGUAAAGCACCCCAUGGUCGAAAAAAACAAAAUUUCUGUGUUGGCACCAGCCUCUGAGCCACGUGUUAAUCAGGUGGGCUUUCUGUGUCCACUCUGUACUCCUCCCUGCUAUUGUAGGGAUGGACAAAAACACCACCUGUACUCCCGCUCCAUCCACUAACCGUCCCAGUCCCCCAAAAGUCCCAUUUGAUAGCCUUCAGGCUUCUCUCUUCAAUAUUAUCACUGCCAGCCUGGACUAUCAAAAGUGGAUAGUCGUCAGAGGGGCGAACCAGUUUGGGAAGUUUUCUGGCAACAUCCCUGACCCCAGCCCCAGGGAGGCAGCAGACUUCCCUAUGGGUAGGGUCAGGCCGACAAAUAGGGCCCUCUGUCCCCCAGAGAAGGGAGUCGCCUACAAUAAUUACCCUUCUGUCUUUCUUGGUGGAGGCAGUCUUGAGGCGUGGAGUCAACCUCCUCGCCCUAGGUAUCCUCCUGGAUAGACUUUCUACCUCAUCUUCACCCACCGGUCUCUCAAGCUCUAGGGCCUCAAACCUGUUGUGUACGUGAACCUGGGAAGUUGGGGGCAGUAGGUGGGGGCGUCUUCUGCGAGGUCGAGCAGGGACCUGUCUCCAUUCUUCCUUAACUCCUAGGUCCCCUCCCUCUGCCCGACAGGGCAGGGGGUCCACCCCCAUUUGGGAUGUCUCAUAGAAUCAGGAAAAAAUAACUGAAGCAGGAGAAAAUAAUAUCAUUAAUUUCAUAGAAAGUUUUAUUUUAGCUUUGCUCUUUAAACAAUUCUUUAUUAUGUAUUUCUUUACGUAUUUUAAGCUGAUCUCAGCCUAAACACAUAUUCAUCAAAACAUUACAGAAUCAAGCAUUGUCAAUGAACACAUCAUCAGAUUCUAAAUUCUUCACUUUCAAAUGGUGGUUUCCAUUUGAAGUAUCCUACCUUUGCCAAUGCAUCUUCAAGGCCUUGCCUGGUAUUUGGUUGUCAUUUAUGUCUUUGUGUAAUGUUACACCUUAUUAUUUUCCAACUGUGAAAGAUAGGAAAUGCAGGAACACACUAGUGGAUACUGCAGGCACAAUGAUUUUAUGAAAUAUUUACUUAAAAUAUAUGUCUUUGGGGCUCCACUUCAACACUGCAGGUUACUUAGUAUGAUAAAGCUCUUUCAUGUUGUUAUUCUGCUGAAGUGCAUUUGGCGUUUACCUGGAGUCAGUAAGUACCUGGAGGAGAAAAUGGAGGAGAAAAUUCCAGAGUUCACCCAUACAUGGUCCCAUGUCAUGACACACUGGCUGUUUAGGAUGUUUCCUUCUGCUUCCAUAUGAUGUAUGAGCUCAUGUAUUGAGCUUCUGAAUACAUAUGAUCAUUCAUGAACUCAUGCAUUUUAUGGUAAUUGAGGUAUAGCCUCAGGCUCCUUAUUCCGGCAAAUACUCAAUACUGUUCUGUAUUUCCCACCUGAAACUACUGUAUGAUAUUGCUGUAGGAUAUUUGUUUAGAAAAUUGAUAACUCUAUAAAAAGCUGUGUGCUUUAUUAUGAUGUAUAGUUGUUGAAUUGUUUACUUGGUUCACACAGGUAUUAUGAAGCUUCAAUUACUCAUUCUAGAGGUCUGAAAAUUACAGGUUAUAGUUGAAAUAGUCUUUCAGUGUGUUUGGCAGAAAUGACUUCCAGAGAAGUAGAGCUCACCCUUCUUUGCAGUAGGAAACAAUAAUAGAAAAAUGGGAGUUUUCUACUGCAGAACCUGUCUAUCCACUGGUAAACUGUGGCCAUCUGUAGUGGGUUUAUGUGGCAAGGUUUUGGUAGCAGGGGGCCAUCGGGUUACCUUCUGUGAGAAGAAUCCAGAAGUUACCCUAUGUUAGAUAAGGGCCCCACCGCUGGCCAGAGCUGAGCCAAUAAGUGAUGUUGUUUGUGCCUCUGUGAGAGCAGAUUU